AUGUUUGAAUUUGCUUCAUCGGCAAGUGGGAGUUCUACUACUCAACCACCAACUACCACUACGCUUGAGCCUCUUGUAACCUUGCCAACAGGUGGAAACGCCAUUGGUACCAUUGGUGUAGAUCAAGUAACAGCAACGGACACAAGUUUUAUGUUCACAAAGAGUUCUACUACUCAACCACCAACUACCACUACGCUUGAGCCUCUUGUAACCUUGCCAACAGGUGGAAACGCCAUUGGUACCAUUGGUGUAGAUCAAGUAACAGCAACGGACACAAGUUUUAUGUUCACAACAGCCAAACCUGUUACAACUUCCUUGACAACAGUAGUUACUACUGUACCAACAACAGCAACCAGUCCCACAACUACUAAGGAAACAACAACAAUGACAACAACUACGGCAAGCACUGCAGCUGAAACCACAACCACUUCUACAACAACUGUUACCACUACAACAACACCAACACCGGUAACAAAAGAAAACUGUGCUGAUGAACUUGGUGCGUAUGAACAACCACGAACUGAAUCGGAUGGGUCAACCCCACUGACACGAAUGCUCGUCGUUCCGUUCACAAGCCCAGUAACGCUAACUGGUAUUCAGCUACAAGGAGACACAGCUGGUAAUGCUAUAACUAGUUUCACCAUGAGCUAUAAACUGUUUGGAGACGACUCUUCGAAGGAGGUCAAUAAUGAGAAGUCAGGAAAAGUACAGGUGUUCGAUGUUCCUUUCGGCGCUGACUUUACUCAGAAAGUGACUGUCCCUCUACCAUUUAAUCAACUUGAUAACGUGAUUGAGGUUAUCCUCUCCAAUAUCAAUGUGCCUUCUGAUAAAAAGGCUAGUUUCACAGUGGACUUUGAAGGUUGUGCAAAACCGGUUACUGUUAUCCCAACAACAAAAGAGGUGACUACAACUGUUUCAACCACAACACCAGAGAAGAUUGAAACUACUAAGGUAGCAACAACAACCACAACUACGCCUGAAACUACAACAACAUCAGCACCUACAACAACCACAAUAGUCACUACUCCUGAGGGGACAACUACAACAGAGAGUACAACAACAACAACGGUUACUCCAACAACAGCAGGCAAGCCAGCAACAACAGAGGUAACAACCAAACGCAUUACGACUACUCCCAGUACGACUACUGCACCAACCACUGAGCAGACUACAACUAUCAAAGUGACUACAACUCCAGAGGCAACUAUCACAGAAAAGAUUGUCUUGGGGAGUUCUACUACUCAACCACCAACUACCACUACGCUUGAGCCUCUUGUAACCUUGCCAACAGGUGGAAACGCCAUUGGUACCAUUGGUGUAGAUCAAGUAACAGCAACGGACACAAGUUUUAUGUUCACAAAGAGUUCUACUACUCAACCACCAACUACCACUACGCUUGAGCCUCUUGUAACCUUGCCAACAGGUGGAAACGCCAUUGGUACCAUUGGUGUAGAUCAAGUAACAGCAACGGACACAAGUUUUAUGUUCACAACAGCCAAACCUGUUACAACUUCCUUGACAACAGUAGUUACUACUGUACCAACAACAGCGACUAGUCCUACAACUACUAAGGAAACAACAACAACGACAACAACUACGGCAAGCACUGCAGCUGAAACCACAACCACUUCUACAACAACUGUUACCACUACAACAACACCAACACCGGUAACAAAAGAAAACUGUGCUGAUGAACUUGGUGCGUAUGAACAACCAAGAACUGAAUCGGAUGGGUCAACUCCACUGACACGAAUGCUCGUCGUUCCGUUCACAAGCCCAGUAACGCUAACUGGUAUUCAGCUACAAGGAGACACAGCUGGUAAUGCUAUAACUAGUUUCACCAUGAGCUAUAAACUGUUUGGAGACGACUCUUCGAAGGAGGUCAAUAAUGAGAAGUCAGGAAAAGUACAGGUGUUCGAUGUUCCUUUCGGCGCUGACUUUACUCAGAAAGUGACUGUCCCUCUACCAUUUAAUCAACUUGAUAACGUGAUUGAGGUUAUCCUCUCCAAUAUCAAUGUGCCUUCUGAUAAAAAGGCUAGUUUCACAGUGGACUUUGAAGGUUGUGCAAAACCGGUUACUGUUAUCCCAACAACAACGAAAGAGGUGACUACAACUGUUUCAACCACAACGCCAGAGAAGAUUGAAACUACUAAGGUAGCAACAACGACCACAACUACGCCUGAAACUACAACAACAUCGGCACCUACAACGACCACAAUAGUCACUACUCCUGAAGGAACAACAACAACAGAGAGUACAACAACAGUUGCUCCAACAACAGGCAAGCCAACCACAACAGAGGUAACAACCAAACGCAUUACGACUACUCCCAGUACGACUACUGCACCAACCACUGAGCAGACUACAACUAUCAAAGUGACUACAACUCCAGAGGCAACUAUCACAGAAAAGAUUGUCUUGGAGAGUUCUACUACUCAACCACCAACUACCACUACGCUUGAGCCUCUUGUAACCUUGCCAAAAGGUGGAAAUGCCAUUGGUACCAUCGGUGUAGAUCAAGUAACAGCAACGGACACAAGCUUUAUGUUCACAACUGCCGAACCUGUUACAACUACCUUAACAACAGUAGUUACUACUGUACCAACAACAGCGACCAGUCCUACAACCACUAAGGAAACAACAACAACGACAACAACCGCAAGCACAACAACUGAAAUGACAACCACUUCGACAACUACUGUUACCACUACAACAACCCCAACACCAGUAACUAAAGGAAACUGUGCUGAUGAACUUACAAAAUAUCAAGAAGGGACAUCUGAACUGGAUGGGCAAUCUCCACAGGCGCGAGCCUAUCAAGCUCGAUUCUCAACACCUGUAACACUGACUGGUGUUCAGCUUCAGGGAGACUCUGAUGGUAAUGCUAUCACUAGUUACACACUGAGAUACAAACUGUAUGGAGAGGAUGCUGAGAAAGAAUUUGUAGAUUCCUCUGGAGUAGAACAGGUGUUCACUGUACCUCCGGGUGUCGACAUUACGCAGAAAGUCACUGUUCCUGUAAAUCCCCAACUCGACAACGUUGAGAAGGUUACGUUGCUGAACAUCAAUGUGCCAUCGGGUAAAAAGGCCAGCUUCAAAGUGGAAUUUGAAGGCUGUGCAAAAUCUUCUGUUAUCCCAACAACAACAAAAGAGGUGACUACAACUGUUUCAACCACAACACCAGAGAAGAUUGAAACUACUAAGAUAACAACAACGACCACAACCACGCCAGAAACUACAACAACAUCGGCACCUACAACGACCACAAUAGUCACUACUCCUGAGGGGACAACUACAACAGAGAGUACAACAACAACCGUUACUCCAACAACAGCAGGCAAGCCAGCAACAACAGAGGUAACAACCAAACGCAUUACGACUACUCCCAGUACGACUACUGCACCAACCACUGAGCAGACUACAACUAUCAAAGUGACUACAACUCCAGAGGCAACUAUCACAGAAAAGAUUGUCUUGGGGAGUUCUACUACUCAACCACCAACUACCACUACGCUUGAGCCUCUUGUAACCUUGCCAACAGGUGGAAACGCCAUUGGUACCAUUGGUGUAGAUCAAGUAACAGCAACGGACACAAGUUUUAUGUUCACAAAGAGUUCUACUACUCAACCACCAACUACCACUACGCUUGAGCCUCUUGUAACCUUGCCAACAGGUGGAAACGCCAUUGGUACCAUUGGUGUAGAUCAAGUAACAGCAACGGACACAAGCUUUAUGUUCACAACUGCCGAACCUGUAACAACUACCUUGACAACAGUAGUUACUACUGUACCAACAACAGCAACCAGUCCCACAACUACCAAGGAAACAACAACAACGACAACAACCGCAAGUACAACAACUGAAAUGACAACCACUUCGACAACUACUGUAACCACUACAACAACGCCAACACCAGUAACUAAAGGAAACUGUGCUGAUGAACUUACAAAAUAUCAAGAAGGGACAUCUGAACUGGAUGGGCAAUCCCCACAAGCGCGAGCCUAUCAAGCUCGAUUCUCAACACCUGUAACACUGACUGGUGUUCAGCUUCAGGGAGACUCUGAUGGUAAUGCUAUCACUAGUUACACACUGAGAUACAAACUGUAUGGAGAGGAUGCUGAGAAAGAAUUUGUAGAUUCCUCUGGAGUAGAACAGGUGUUCACUGUACCUCUGGGUGUCGACAUUACGCAGAAACUGACAGUUCCUGUAAAUCCCCAACUCGACAACGUUGAGAAGGUAACGCUGCUGAACAUCAAUGUGCCAUUGGGUAAAAAGGCCAGCUUCCAAGUGGAAUUUGAAGGCUGUGCAAAACGUGCCGUAACUCCAACCACAACAAAAGAGGUGACCACAACUGUUUCAACCACAACGCCAGAGAAGAUUGAAACUACUAAGGUAGCAACAACGACCACAACCACGCCUGAAACUACAACAACAUCGGCACCUACAACAACCACAAUAGUCACUACUCCUGAAGGAACAACGACAACAACUGUCACUAAAACAGCAGCAGGCACUACAAAGGAGAAAACAACCCUCGUGACCACAACAACAGUAUCACCUUCAAAAACCACAGAAGCAGAAACUAUCACAACUGUGAGCAUGGGUGAAGCAUCCACAACAACAGUUGCCGAAACAUCAACUAGCACAUCAACUACUCCUUCCACAACCACGCAAGAAUAUUGCGCUGAACCACUGGUUGGUCUUGAGAAAAAUCGCAUUGGAAGCCCCAUUACUGUGCUUGAAUCUACUAAGUUCAAUGAUGAAGCAUCCCUGGAGUUUGAUAAUGUCCAACUCAACGCUAUUGUGUUCUUCACGGCACCAGUGCGUAUCAAUGAACUGAAGUUACAGAGCAGAGGUAUCAAGGACUUCACUUUGUACGCUGGCACCUCUUCUAUUAAACAAGUUACAGAUGAGACAGGACAACUAAAGGUGUUCACGGUAGAGGGAUCUGCAGAUGAAGUUACAAAAAUAAGAAUGCCGACUGUUGAAGUCUUGGAGGGAGUGAAGUUGGCCCGUCUUACCUUUACAACUGAUCUAAGCAACGGUGACAAGGCACUCUUGAAGUUUGAAUUCUUAGGAUGUCAAUCCGAGGAACCAGCCAAGACAGAGGCAACUACCACACAAAAAGUAACGGUUGAAGUUCCACUAACGACGAAAUCAACCACAACUGAGAAAACAACCACCACACCAACCACAACUGAAACAGAAACAGUUACCGACUCACUCAUCAUUGAACACGUACCAGUCGUUACAUCAGCAACUGUUAAGAGCAGAGGACAACCUACAACAACUACUACUGAAUUUCCCAUUUGGAUCAUACCAGGUGGAGGUGCAAAUGGCACUGUUGGAGUUGGAGAAGUAACAUCUGGUGAAACUUCAUUCCUAUUCACAACUGCCAAAUCGGGAACCACUACCACAACAACUGAAUUUCCAAUUUUCGUUUUCCCAGGUGGAGGUGCAAAUGGAAAUAUUAAAGUUACUGAAGUCACAUCCGAUGGAAGUUCGUUCAUUUUCUCAACUGUUAAACCGGGAACAACUACUACCACAACUGAACUGCCAAUUUUCUUGCUGCCAACUGGAGGUGCAAAUGGAAAUAUUGAAGUUGGAGAAGUAACAUCCAAUGGAACUUCAUUCAUCUUCACACAAGCUCCCACAGCCCAGACGGCUAAAAGAACUAUUGUGACAGAAACAGUCCCCAAAACAGCUGGUGCAAAAACUACUAAAGUUACAACAACUACGACAACAACAGCAGGACCAACGACGACAACAAAGUCAACAACAACAACAACAACCACACCAACGCCAGUUACAAAAGAAAAUUGUGUGGCUCUGCUGUCGCCCUCAUUUGAGGGAUCUCGGAGCAUAGUCAACGGGAAUACAGCAGAAGGACGUAGCCUGAUGGUGCCAUUCCUCACCCCGGUAACUUUAACAAGAGUUGCACUCCAGGGUGACGCAGAGGGCAAUGCCAUAACGGACUUCACUGUUCAGUACAGACUCAAAGGAGAAGCGACCCAGAGAAGUAUUCUGGAUGGAUUUAACAAGCGGGUAUUUAACGUUAAUUGGGACGUUGACACCACCGAACAAAUUAAGCUGGAUCUUCCAUUUGACCAGCUUGAAAACGUUGUAGAAGUGACUCUUAUGGAUGUGAAUGUACCAGACAACAAAGAGGCUAAAUAUUUUGUGGACUUCUAUGGCUGUGCAGAUGAGCCCCUCACUACACCCGCAACGACCACCACUGUCUCCACUAGUACGUCAACUACUGAGGCUCUGACCACCACGAUGUUAGAAUCCUCCAAAACGACCACAACUACGCCUGAAGCUACCACUGCCAAGAUCAUUGAACAAACAAUCAAGAGAGUUACAGAGCCAGAAAAAGUGUGUGAUAUGGAACUUGAAACUUAUGACAAUGUUGCUCUGUCGAGAAGCACACCUGAAGGUACAUUGGAGGCAAAUGUCCCAUGGAGGCCAUCCAGUGCGGCUAACACCAAUGAGAGGAGGUUAGAAAUCAAAUUCACUCCUCCCAUUGCUGUAAGAUCCCUCAUAGCGGAACAAGACGAGGACUUUGAAUUUAUCUUGUUCUAUCGCUCACCUGGUGCAACAUACGAUACUUACGUGAGAUCUGCAAAUAACCAACUGAUGAGAUUCAAAGGUGGCAGUGAUGGUGAGAGACAAGAACUACCCGACUAUUUGGGAGAAAUUGAAACACUGAAGUUCAUGUACAUGUCUUACAUAGCAGAUGACGAGUAUCCUGAAAUUGACAUUAAACUCUUUGGCUGCUUUGAUCAUGUAACAACCACUGCAGUGACUACCACAGUAAAAACGACAACUCCAACUGCCACGACUACUGAAAAAGUAACAGAGUCAACAACUGUAACAAAGACAGAGACAACAAAGGGUGUUGUGACAGAGGAAGUUCAAGUUACUGAAAGACCAGGUAUUGUCACCACUAAGGAAACAGUCACCCUAACUACACUUGAGCCAGUAUCAACUACACUCGGAAUUUGCACUGAAAAUCUGGAGACUUCUCCUGCUAUGACCGGCAUCUUCGUUGAAAGGAUGACGUCCGAACCAGACAACGGUCUAUCUGGCUUUCAAUCACCCGAAUACUGGAUGCCUAGCAUUGAAGACAACGUCAUUCCAUACGUGAAUUUGAGAUCUAAUCGACCGUUCUCACUCAAGGCUUUCAUGAUGGCCGGCGCAGGUCAAGGAAAUGGUAUAACAAACUUCAGGUUUAGAUACCAACCUUUCGGCUCGACCGCUUGGAAGUACUAUUUGGGGAGUGACGGUCAACCUAAGGAAUUCACUGGUUCCUUAGCAGCUGAAUCUUCAAAGCCAGUCUGGGUCUUCCUUUCUGAAGCAACGGAGGCAGUUGGGGCUGUUACUGUGGAGCUUCUAGAGUUGACAGGUUCACAACCAGCCCUGAAACUAGACUUCUUCGGAUGCUCACCAAAGGCAUCGCCAACCACAAGACAAACAACAAUAGAAAGAAUCGUUACUGAAGCUGGAGUUACAGAAACUGUAACGGAGUCAUUUAACAACGUAAUCACAAACACUGAAUCGAGGACAACGCCAUCGUCAGGCUCUAUUACCACACCAGAGACCCCUGUCACUCCUCAUAUUGGUGUGACUGAGGCUGGUACUGGAGUGAUCAUACCAAUCGGUGAAACGGAUCCAAACGAACCAACUGAAGAUACAACUGGAGAUCGUGGCCGUGGAUGCAUGUACAAUGGCCGACAGUAUCAGUUUGGAGAGGAGAUGCCAUCAACUUCUCCAUGCACCAGGAUGUUCUGUGAACAAGGCUCAGGAAUCGUUGAUUACACAGAAGAAUGUGAUCUCAGAUGUGAUGGAAAACUUCGCUACAUUGAGGAAAAAUGCUGUCCAGUCUGCGAAAAAGAAUCCAAGAUGUGUCUACGCGAAAGCAAACUGGAGAAACUGAUACUUCCAGACGGUUGUGUGUCUACGGAUCUUGUGGAGUUUACAUACUGUAAUGGUGGGUGUCCGUCCAGAUCUUACAUUGAUAUGAUCGCCGGCCAAUCCCAGCUCCGAAGCGAGUGUAGAUGCUGUAAGCCAGCCUCAAUGGUAGAUCGCUCGGUGACCCUCGACUGCAAUAAUAAUGUCCGUAAGACCUACCACUACAAAAUCAUCAACGAAUGCUCGUGCGAGAUUUGCAAAUUUGACGAGCCGUACGGCGGACGAUAGACGAACACCAAAUCACGACAAGCAUACUGUGCUCUGCAGUUACUUUAAUGUAAAUUAGAAAUGCUAGACAAUUUAUUUAGAAUGUUAUAUUAAAUUUGCUUGCCUCCAGUCCCAGUUAAGAAAUUUACAAAGAAAAAUUAUUUGUAGAAUGAUCAGCAAAAAUUAUGAAAUUAUUUUAGCCGCUUUAGUAUUGAUAUCGGUGAAUGGGACCGUUUCUACUAAUAUUUAAAAUUACAACAAGUAUAUACACAGCUGCCAAGCACAGAUAUGUUUACCUUACUUUGUCAUUCCAACCACUUAUGAAUUUUAAAUGAUAUAUAUAUUUUAAAGUUUAAAUUAUGAUAAUCUAUACUGUAUGAGGUAGUAGUAAGUAAUGAGUGAUACUUUAAAUGUUUGUUUCUGUGGUAGGUUAUUUAUAACAUCAAAGGAAAAAAAACCAGACAUUGUUAAGGAUUUGUUGCCAUCUGCCAUAAUAAACGAGUAGGCCUAAUUAAUUUGAGUGGAGAAUAUACUGAUAAUUAUAAAUGAUAUAAGAGCCCAAUCAAAUACAGUUAAAGGUAACCAGCAAUCUUGAAUUAUAAAUUCAUUGUUGGUAAAUGUUAGGCUGAGAAAAACUUCAAACACCAUUAAAAUUAAGGAAAUGUGAAAUAUUAGAAAAUAUAAAUACACAAGUUUAUUUAUUUAUGUCAAUUGACUUAAAGUGCAAUAUUUCAUCAGGGGGAUGAUGUUCAGUAUAAAACAGAGUGCAAAAUCACAUAAGUUGAAGAUACAUAUUAUAUCAAAACAUUAACUCACAAGUUUGAAUAACUAAGUAUUUCUCAGUUCGUCCAAACAAUCAUUAUUUUUUAACAAAGUACUCUUUCAAUCCCAAGAAAAUAUCAAAAUUAUUCGAAUGAAUUUGAAUUACUUUAACAAACCUUAAUUUAACUCAGUUGGUCGCCAUCAAGAGCAUUGCGCCUUUUGCUUAUUUAGGCCCAUAUUUUUUUUCUCAAAUCGAAACAAAGUGAAUGGUGAUUCCAUACACAAUUAAUUAUAUAAAUUUAGGCACAAAAUACCGGGGCCAUCAACUCAAUAUAGCCAAUUCUACACACAACAGGCUUGUUUGGCAUUGAGGUUAUUUUUUCUUAAUUCUUUUAGUUAAUGCAUUUUUUUUUGAAGGACAAAUCAAUAAACUGUACUGCCCAACUGUACGUGUAUUGCCUUUAUGACAAUUUAGAAUAUUGAAAGUACCCUUGUAGAUUGGUAGUUAAACAUUACAUUGCUGAUGGCGGGGGGGGGGGAAUGGUUAAUGGAGGGUGACAAGAUUAACUGCUUAGAAUUUUGUGUAGACUAGCAGAGACAAUGAUGUCAAAUCCCAUGGUGUCUUACAACAAAUUUAAAAUAAAUAUUUCAAUUUUAUGGUAUUUAUCUGUAACCCCAGUUCUAAGGUUAUUGGAGGAAAUUUAUUUAAGUUGAAACACAUAGCACCCAUACAUAAGGACAAAAUCGAGAUAAAUAAAAAAAAAUAUUGUUCAUUUUUGAAGUAAAAUUAUUCACUCAUAUAGGCCCUAUACUGAAACAAAAAUUCAUUGUAUUUGAGAUGAUGUUAAAAGAAUAGUUACUUUAGAGAGGUUCAUGUAGAUUGUAAGUUAUAAUUACAAAAUGUAACCCCCAUAAUUGCUAAACUCUUCCGGGCAAGCAAAUAAAUGUAUUUCCUGCUUAAAUUAA